UCACGGAUUUGUUAUAACAGGGGAGUUUGGAAGUCGAGCCUCAGGAGUCGAGUUUCAUGCGAUUGGCACUUUAACAACGUUCCACUGGCGUGAGAGGAGUUUCACCAACAGGGUGGGCUAAAAUGGCAGUUAACGUGUAUUCAACUAAUGUAACAUCAGAAAAUCUUAGCCGACAUGAUAUGCUCGCUUGGGUUAAUGAUUGUUUACAAUCAAAUUUUACUAAAAUUGAAGAGCUCUGUACCGGUGCUGCAUACUGUCAAUACAUGGAUAUGCUUUUCCCAGGGAGUAUACCAGUGAAAAGAAUAAAAUUUAAAACCAAUUUAGAACACGAGUACAUACAGAAUUUUAAGCUGUUACAAGCUGCUUUUAAGAAGAAAGGUGUUGAUAAGAUUGUUCCCAUUGACAAACUUGUUAAAGGCAAGUUUCAGGACAAUUUCGAAUUUCUCCAAUGGUUUAAAAAAUUCUUUGAUGCUAAUUAUUCUGGGCAAGAAUACUGUGCAAUAACAGCCCGCAGCGGAGAAGCAAUGGGAGGGGGGUGUGCAAGCAGUGCUACCACUAAAUCAAACAACUUAAUCAACAGCAGUAACAGUAGAAAGACCAAUUCUUCCAAAACCGAUUUGACGGCCCAACCAGCAACUAAAUUGGGAAAACCUGUUGCCAAAUCAAACAGCCGAAUUGGAGGUAUAGUAAACUCAAAUACAGUAACCUCUUCGAGAUUAAAUAGUGAUCUACAUAAAAUUGAAGAACUGAGUUCUCAGCUUUCUAUGACAAAACUCACAAUUGAUGGAUUAGAAAAAGAGCGUGAUUUCUAUUAUGGUAAGCUCAGAGAUAUUGAGGUCGUUUGCCAAGCACAUGAAGGUGAAUCUCCUGUCCUUCAAAGAAUUCUAGAUAUUCUCUAUGCCACAGAAGAUGGAUUUGCUGCCCCAGAAGAUGUUUCUGAAGGACAAGACCAGGAUGAUGAAUAUUAAUUUCAUUUAGUUAAACUUCAAGUUCAGUAAAACUUUGUGUGUGUAUAUAAAUAUAUAUGUGCACAAUAUAUAUUUAUAGUAUUAUUCAGACAAGCAUACAUAUUUGAUAUACAUAUGUAUAUACACACACACAAAAGUUGGUGAUGUCUUUUUUGCACCCUCAAGUUUUGGUUAAUUCUAGGCUCACUUCAAAUUGAUUUUCAAGUUUUUCUAUGUUGAAAGUUCUAUGUUAUUAAUGUUCAAUUGUUAAAUGUGAUGGACACAAUUUGCAAGUUAUUUUUUCGUAUAGAGGGGAGAUAUUUUUUAUAAUUAUUUAGUAAAAUUUCAGAUUAUUAUCGUUUAAACAUUUUAUUAUAUAGCAGAUCAAUGAAUGCUUGAAAAAAAAAAAAAAAGAUACUCUCUAAAUAUAAUGCAGUCUAUAUAUUUUAAUAAUUGCUGUGCACUUAAAGAUUAUACAUUGCUUACGUGCAUAUGUGGCUGAUUCUUUUCAGUUUUUUUAAAUAAUGUCUUCGUACUGAUCCAGAAAAGAAAUAAAGCUUAUAUUUAAUUUAUUCACAAACUAAAGUAACAAUUUUGUUGUAAGUUGACAUAAUUUUUAAUAAAUGGCUUAAUUUA